AUGGUCAGGGAUACGGGCGUAAUGCAGUCAGAAGAGGUGCCCGUGGUGUUGAGAGAGGAGAGCGCGUGGGUUGGGGAUGGCGAGCGGAUGCGAGAAAAAACAGCGGGGAAUUCUUUACCAGGUCGGGAGGAGGCUGCUGUUACCACCGCUGCCUCUGCUGCUGCUUCUGUAGCGCUUGAUGCUGGAGCUCAAACGGAACAAGAGGGGCGAGGCAAUGCAAGUGACUGCGAGGAGGGUGACUGCGAGAAGGGUGACUGCGAGGGGGGUGACUGUGAGGAGAGUGACUGCGAGGGGGGUGAGAAGGAAAUCAGCCAUAAUACUGCCGCUUCCUUGCAUCACGAAGUCCGCGGUAAGAGGCGAAGAUGGCGAGUGGAAGGAGUGGACGGUGAGAGCGGCACAGGGGAAGGCGGCACAGGGGAAGGCGGCACAGGGGAAGGCGGCACUGCAAUCACGUACAGCCUUCAUCAGGACCGCUUUGUAGCAGCACCGGGGCUAGCACCAUCCACAUCAGCACCAUCCACAUCAGCACCAUCCACAUCAGCACCAUCCGCAUCAGCACCAUCCGCAACAUCCCCAACCUCAGGCGCCACUACAACUCCUGCUGCAAAAAAGUCAACGACCACGCAGUUGCCCACACCUUCCCCUGUCUUCCCCCGCCCUCUCUCCUGCCCUUUCCCCCGCCCUUUCCCCCGCCCUUUCCCGUGCCCUUUCCCCUGCGCUUUCACCUGCCCUCUCCCCCACGCCUGCGCCUCCCCCCUCUCCUUCUGGCUCGCUCCCUGCAGCGUCUCUGGACUUCCUCUGCCCGGACAAGCUCCGCCAACCCCCAUGGUGCUGCUGCGGGGGCGGCUGUCAGUGCAGCAGCAGCAGCGGUUUGUGCAGGCAGCGCAGGAGACAAAAGACCUUUUCCGCAGACCAGUCACUGCAGGGGGAGGCAGAUACCACCUGUAUUCGGUAAGAGAGCGGGCGAGGCAGAUACCACCUGUAUUCGACCUGUUGGGGUGCGGCGUGGAGCAGCACACUCAACCGUUUUGCCACUGCAGCAUGGGCCCCGCCCAUCACCUCGCUCGACCUGUUGGGGUGCCGCGUGGAGCAGCACGCUCAACCGCUACGCCGCUGCUGCAUGGGCCCCGCCCAUCCCCCCUGACCUUGCUCACCUCGCGGGGAGCCUCGCUCUCGAAGCACACUCACACAGCCCAGUGUUCUGGGAUGGUGGGGGAGGAGGAGGGGGAAGAGGAGUGGGGGGAGGAGAGGAGGGAGGAGUGGAAAGAGGGAGAGGAGGAGGAGGAGGAGGAGGAGGAGGAGGAGGAGGAGGAGGAGGAGGAGGAGGAGGAGGAGGAGGAGGAGGAGGAGGAGGAGGAGGAGGAAGAGGAGGAGGAGGAGGAGGAGGAGGAGGAGGAGGAGGAGGAGGAGGAGGAGGAGGAGGAGGAGGAGGAGGAGGAGGAGGAGGAGGAGGAGGAAGGGGAGGUGGAGGAAGAGGAGGAGGAGGGGGAGGUGGAGGAAGAGGAGGAGGGCUGUGCCCAUAAGUUUGCAUUCUGUACAGUGGGCCUGGUUCCUGGAUUCCAGGUGAGCGUGAGUGUGGGCGACACCAUGCAGUUCUUCUUUCGGCCACUCCCUCCUCUGCACCGCCGUCGGUCCGGCAUUGCAGUGCAGAUUGAUGACCCGGUGGCUGCUGCGCGCUCUGCGCUCGGCGAUGCUGCGCAUAACAGGGAGCGAAUUGUGUCUCUAUCCAGUGGAGACGUGCUGGUGUUUGGAGCUGCUUCGCGCCUUGUGUAUCACGGAACCAGAGAUCUCGUCCCAGGAACCAGGCCACCAAACCUUGUCAUGACUCCAGGCCGGCUCAACUUCACCUUUAGGGUGCAGGACAAGGGAGAGGUUGGUGGGACGGGCCAGCGUAGUAAGGGAUAG